AUGAGUGUCCCACGAGCGCGUGUAUUGGACCUGGUCAAGGCGCAAUGCCAGGUCUUUGCGACCUCAUACAACCCCGAAGGCCUGCGCAUGGGUAACAAGGUCUUGCGACAGCGGUUAAGAGGACCGGCCAUGGCCGCCUACUAUCCUCGAAAGACAGCGACGAUCAAGGACCUGAAGCGCGAGUUCGGACCGACCCUGGCGACUUGGGACGAGGGCGAGGAGGAUCGAUUCGAGUACAUCGAGGAACUCAAGCUUCGUGGAAAGAGUGCUCCCAAGAAGAAGAAGGGACCUCCCGCUCCUACUGGCAAGAAGCGUUAA